AGAUGUUAUUUUUCAAACGGCAAUCCCACCUAAACAAACCGAGCUGUAGAUCACAGAGUCGUCAAUUUCAGUAUAACAGUUAUAUAAAUUAUCUGCAGAUUUUACAUUGAGUUUAUCCACAAUAUGGAUUUGGAUUCGCUUAAAUACGCGGAAUUGCAGCGCCUUGCUAAAGAGGUUGGACUGAAAGCAAAUAUGAAGGCUGAAAAGCUGUUGAAAGCUUUAAAAGAACACUUUUCACAACAGCAGACAUCUGAAAAUGAUAAUGAUGUGGACGUGCAGGGCGCGCACACUGCAACGUUUGUGACCGAGCGCCGGGGAAAAGGCCGCACUGCCAAGAGAAAGCUCAGUGGCUCCACAACUGUCACUGCUCAGAAUAUAGAAAAGCCUGCACAAGAGCAGGGCCGAAGGGGCUCCAAGAGGAGGAAGGUGUCCUCACCCAAGGACACGCAGAAACCAGUUCCACCUGAAACAUCUGCUAAAGAAGAUCCUGUGGAGAAAGUUGUAGAAUCAGAGGAAACCAAUCCAGACUCUGAAGGUGCUCCUGCAGAGCCAAGUGUUAAAGGUGUAGGGAGAAGAACAGUGGGUAAAAUCCCUCGUCUUGAGGGCCUGAUGAAGAGAAAACCUGCACUGCGGCCGACAACUCCUAACUUCAAGAAACUCCAUGAGGCUCACUUCAAAAAGAUGGAGUCCAUCGAUUCUUAUGUCCAAAGGAAGAACAAACAAAUGGAGGUGCUCAGGAAUUCUGUCAAGGAGCUGAAGACUCUGUCAGAGAAGACGCUGAUGAAGUCGGUUGAAACAAAGGCUCAAACUAAGGUGCCUGCUAGCAGAGUGUCUCUCUUCAGUCCUGGAGUGCAGGAGAAAAAAACAUUAGCAGAAAAACGCAGGCUCACUCAGCAGUCUGCCAGCAAGUCUGCUUUGAAGGACAGCACCACCUUCAGGCCAACUAUCCUCACCACUAAUAAAAUCAAUGUCCGGUUCUCACAAGCCACUCACGAUAACGAAUACAAGCGUUCGCUGGUAAAGACUCCAGCUCGUAUGUCUCCUCUCAUCCCUCUUACCUCCACUCCAGGGAGGAAAUCUGAUGUUCCUACCAAACCUGAUCUUCUUAAAAGUGUUGGUGCUAUCAAAACACCUGGAGUUACUCCAUUUGUUUUUAAUGGGAACAACAGUAUGUCAGUCACCCCUGGUGUCACCAAGAACACCACAUUUGACCUGAAGACCAGUCUCUCUCGUCCACUCACCUACAAACCACACAAAGGAAAACUGAAGCCUUUUGGAGCUCAACAGGAGAACACAGCACUUAAUAAAUCUGUUCACACUGAUUCUGGUGUGACUGUUCCUUCACACCAGAAAAACUAUAAACAGCACCAAGUUCAAACCAGAGAGGAACGACGUGCCAAGCACACAGAAGACCGAAAACAAAAGAAAGAGAAGAUGCUGGGUUCCAGGCGAGGUCUGGUCAUUGCCUAACUCCAGUGUUUUUACUGUUUUGCUAUCUUAGACUUUCACUGUACAUGU